CGCAAGAGAGAGUGCCUUAAAGGGCGAGCGAAGACCGAGGUCGGGAGGGCAUGGGGCGAGGCCGGGUAGGCGCGAGGCCGCGUUCUUCUCGCGGUGUUUCCUGACCGGACCGGGCGGCUCCCGCUCCCCUCCCCGUCUCCGCUGAGCUCUCGCGAGAGCAGCGGACAGGGCAAGAUGGCCGUGGCCUGCCGCCGCCUGUGAGCCGAAGGGUCAGAGCGAGGCUCGAGCUCCCCCCAGCGAGUCCGAGACGGGAGGUGGCGGUGGCGGGCAAUGCGGGCGGGCCCGACCCGGGUCCGCCGACGGAGUAGAUGCUACGCGCCGCGGCCGCCCCACCUGCUCUGAGCGCCCCCCGCACUCCCCGGAGCCCGGGCCCGAGGCGGCGGCGGCGGCGGCGCAGGCGGCGGCCAUGACCGGUGAGAAGAUCCGCUCCCUGCGGAGGGACCCGAAGCCCAGCGGCAAGGAGGACAGCGACCUACUGGAGCCGGGUGACGACGAGGCGGCUGCCGCCCCCGGGCCCUUCACGGCAGCGCGUGGAGCUGGACCAGGCGGCGGCCGGCCGGGUUCCCGCGGGAGCAGCCAUCCUCUGCCUGUGCCCUCGCAGCCACUGCUGCCGUCGCUGAGCACCCCCGGCAGCCAUAGCAGCUUCAGCAGCUACGCCUCGGCCUCCAGCAUCGCGGGAGGCGCAGCCGCUGACCCUCGGCUGAUCCCUGCGCUCUACCCCGUGCACGAAUGCGUUUUCAAGGGCGACGUGAAGAGGCUCUCGUCCUUGAUCCGGACCCACCAGAUCGCUCAGAAGGACCUUCACGGAAACACUCCUUUACAUCUUGCUGUGAUGUUAGGAAAUAAAGAAUGUGCCCAUUUGCUUUUGGCCCACAAUGCUCCAGUAAAGGUGAAAAACGCUCAGGGAUGGAGCCCUCUGGCAGAAGCCAUCAGCUAUGGAGACAGACAGAUGAUUACAGCACUUUUAAGGAAACUUAAGCAGCAGUCCCGGGAAAAUGUGGAAGAAAAGCGACCUCGAUUAUUAAAAGCCCUGAAAGAGCUAGGUGACUUUUAUCUAGAGCUUCACUGGGAUUUUCAAAGCUGGGUGCCUUUACUUUCCCGAAUGCUGCCUUCCGAUGCAUGUAAAAUAUACAAACAAGGUAUCAAUAUCAGGCUUGACACAACUCUCAUAGACUUUACUGACUUGAAGUGCCAACGAGGGGACUUGAGCUUCAUUUUCACUGGUGACUCUCCGCCCUCUCAGUCGUUUGUAGUGUUAGAUAACGAACAGAAAGUUUACCAGAAGAUCCAUCACGAGGAAUCAGAGACGGAAACAGAGGAAGAAGUUGACAUUUUAAUGAGCAGUGAUAUUUAUUCCGCAACUUUAUCAACCAAAACCAUCACUUUCACUCGUGCCCAAACAGGAUGGCUUUUCCGGGAAAAUAAAACAGAAAGAGUGGGAAACUUUCUGGCCAACUUUUACCUGGUGAAUGGACUUAUUUUAGAAUCCAGAAAAAGGAGAGAACAUCUUAGUCAAGAAGAUAUCAUUCGAAAUAAGGCCAUCCUGGAGAGUUUAAGUAAAGGUGGAACCUUAAUGGAACAGAAUUUUGAGCCCCAUAGAAGGCAGUCGCUGACGCCGCCCCCUCCGAACACCAUUACCUGGGAGGAGUACGUGUCCGCCGAGACCGGGAAAGCGCCUCACCUGGGCAGAGAGCUCGUGUGCAAAGAGAACAAGAAAAUGUUCAAAGCCACCGUCGCCAUGAGCCCGGAGUUCCCCCUGGGGAUCGAGUCGCUGCUGAAUGUCUUGGAAGUCAUCGCGCCCUUCAAGCACUUUAGCAAGCUGCGAGAGUUCGUGCAGAUGAAGCUGCCUCCCGGCUUCCCCGUCAAGCUCGAUAUCCCCGUGUUCCCCACCAUCACAGCCACUGUGACUUUCCUGGAGUUCAGAUACGCCAAAUUUGACAACCGCAUCUUCGCUGUCCCCGACGACUACAAGGAGGAUCCUAACCGGUUUCCUGACCUUUAGCUCGCCCGGACAACUCGGCGUCCCAGCCUCGCAGCGGCAGCCAGUGGAUGCAGAAGCCGAGACGUUUGUCCAGACGGAGGGAGAGGGCGCUCCAAGUCCUCUGCGGCUGGGCGGCACUCGGAGGCCCGGCUCUCGGGCUCGCUCUCUGGCGGCUCGGACACUCGGACGCUAGAGCAGCUGACACGGAGACCCUCCUGGGCUGCCCGCGGGGGAGACGGGCCCUUCGGGCGUGUGGUGACCCGGGCGGCGGAGAGAUCCUUCGGGCCCACCAGAACCCCACGCCGGGCGGCUCAGCCUCUGAGUGUUUGUUGGACGUAGCGAACCGGAAGGGACGCCCUUUGCUGUAGACGACACGACCGGACGGUGACCAUUAAACAGUUGCAUUUUCACGUUGCAAUACAUUUCCGAACUAGCAUUCACUCUGCAGGGAAUACGGUACCUCCUGUAGCACCUUAGUGCAACUCCGUGUGGUGCUAUUCAUGUUUUUAUCGGAAUUCUCAAGUGGAAAAUGUUUCUUACUAACCUUUGCCGUAGUCUCGACCUUUCUUUUCUAACCCAUGUUCAUGGUAGUGUUGGCUAGCAUGCUUAACGAUGUUCAUCUUCCAAAUCAUAGCGCUUUCCAAAAAAGAAUCCAAACCUUGUGAAAUCGGCCUCCCCCUUGGGGUGCCCGCGUGGCCGCCGCGUGACGGGCUCGGGAGCCGACCAGCGUCGUCCUCCUGAAACGCGUCCCCGCCUUCAGGGCGACUCCUAGAAUCCGCGCCGUGCUUUGGUCCAACUCCAGACGCACCUGUUGGUUUCCUUUAGCCACCUUGAGGAAAACCUCUCCAUUUAUUUUGUCUCUAGGUGUUCCGAUCAUGGAUUCCCCGGUUUUUCAGUUGAAAUCUUUCCUAUAAUUCCAAGUUGGUUGGAAGGUCCAAAGUGGAAAAUACUGAGUGCGAAUUCCGCUCGCCGCCGGGGGGCCGGGCCUGCUGGGGUCCGAUGGUGGAACAAGGGGCCGGGAUGCCCGCGAGUCCCCCGUCGGCACAGAACUCCGCGUGCUCGUUCCAGACGGCCCGAGCUUAGCCUUUGAUUCCGCCAGGAUCUGCGCAGACGCCAAACACCGGACCAAACGGCUGUCUGGCCCCUGGAGCCGCGUCCCGCCGCACCCAAGACGCGAGGACCAGCGCGCGCUCUCGGGACAGGAAGCUGGCGGGGAGCCAAGAGAAGGCGCGGCCCGCCGCGGAGGACGUGCUUAAGGGAGCGCCGAGGCCUCUUUCUCUCCAUUCAGUGUAUAGGACUGCAUAGAUGUUCACAUUUUAAUAAGAAAGGAAGUAAUUUUUAUAGUGCAGAAAACAAAGUAUUCAUGGUUAAAUUUUUUAAAUUAUAAUUAUCGUUGUAUGUGGCUUCUUGGACCUUGGGGGGAAACGGGUGUUCGGUGUCAGUUUCUUAGCGUGUCUCCCCAUAAGCUUUGGGAGCCCCCCUGAGGUCUCUCCAAGGUCUGCCACGGGGGGGUUGGAUCAGGCCGGGGGUCGGCUCUGGUUUCCCGUGUUUAGAAGGUGGCGCCUUCCACGGGCCAUCUGAUGGAUGGGGGGAGGGGAGGUGGCGGCGGUCAGUCUGUGUCCUGGAGCUGUGAACACUUGACUGGGCUCUACUGGAAGUAAAACUACUGAACACAUUUGCACUUAGAAUCGUUUUGCACACAUUUGUACUCAGAUCCUUGGUUCCCACGUGCCGCCAUCUUCCCAGCCCCACAGGACAGAUGGACGUCCCGCCCUUCCCAUGACGACUAUUAGGAAUCCACUCUGAUGCAAAUAAACUUUUCACAGUA